AUGAAUUUUAAUGUAACUCAAAAAAUUAUAAGAAAUCAUGCUGAAACAUUUAUUCCAAUCACAUGCCAAGAAAAUGCAGGUAUGAUUAGUCUUAUUCAUGCUAUUGUAUGGCUUAUAUUAAAUGAAUCGUCUAAAGCUGAAGAUGAAUUUAAUCGAUCUUUACACGCUAGUCAUUUUCUUACUAGUGCCGAUGGAUUCAUUCAAUCAGUUAUAAUGGGUUAUAUUGGUCUUCAAUAUGAUGAUAAAAGUCUUCUAUUUAAUCUUUUACCUAGUAUUUUAACACUAUCAACAAAAUAUAUUCGAUUACGAAAUGUUCUUGUUCACGGUAUAUAUUUAUUUGAUUAUACAAUUGAUCAAUCAUCAAUGUAUUUUAUUUUUUCUCAUAUUUAUACAAAUCUUUUAUGUAUUACUGAUAAUUAUGGUAAUCAAUAG